AAACCAGGCUGGACUGCAGUCGGAGGGGGCUCCUUGCAGCCCCAAAAUGGAUCUCCAGUGUCUCAACUAUCGAGAUCUGGUGCUGAACAGACCCUAUGUCCCCCAGGUCUCCUUAGAGACCGAUUACCCGACGCCACUGCACAGCGAUGAGUACCUGACGUUGAGGGGCCCGCGAAACCCCCCCAUUCUCCGCCAGGCCGUUCGCUGGAAGUACACUCCAAUGGGGUGGGAUGCAAUCCCCCAGACCUGGUACACAGGGCUGACCAACAGCCACAACCGCGACGCCUGGUACACCCUCACUGACCCCAUCGGCCGCGAGGCUUAUUAUCGCUGGCAGAAGUGGCAUGACCACAGAGAAAGGAAUCUACCAGCUGCGUACGCUCAACAUCUGCAAGACAGCUGUUGCUUCGACCCCAUCGUCCCCGCCCAAUACUUGAGCCCUAAGACGCGAUGGGGGGCAUUCAUGUGGAGGGACAGACCCAUUCUCGGAAAGGAAUUUGUGGUCAACCGCAACCGCGGACCCGAGGAGCUGAAGGGGAAGCCUGGCUACGUGCCACACCUGACCAUCCACACCCCGAUGUUCACCGCCAAGGACUAUCACACCUGGAGGAUGUUUGAACGACAGCCUUCGACCAAACACAAGCACUAGUAAAAAACUUUCCCCCCGCU